GUCGAACAAACAGUAUCAGUCUCACUGUGCAGUCGAGAGGAUAAACAAUCAUUCAAAAUGUUCGCUAAAUUGUUGGUGUUCUUCGCCCUGGUCGCGGUAGCCCUCGCUCGGGAGUACCCGGCCGGCGUGCACCCCGCCGUAUGCCCUGACUACCCGUUCUGCGCGGCCGACGCUCUCGCGCGCCACACUCCCGACGGCAUGCCCAUCCCUCAAUGGGGAUACAACCCCGCUAUUGCCCCCGCUGCUCAUGGAGCCGUGCCUGCCGCCCCCCGCUACCCCGCCGGCCUUCCCCCCGCGCUCUGCCCCAACUACCCCUACUGCUGGUGAUUCUACAAAUAACCCUUCAAAAUCGAUAUAGUAGCUUACUAACAAAUAAAAGUGACAACCCUGAACACUAAACACAAAUAACAAUACACUGUCACAAUGUGUGCGUGUGUAAACACGCCACAAAUGUCUAUGUGUGCGUUGGCUAUCGCAGCUUAAUUGUCAUUGUGUGCGCACAAAUUGUCCAGGGUUGUCACUAUUGGCUGUUUCAGAAAUUUCCGUAGUUUUUCAACUGAAGCACUGCCAUCGUAUAAAAUGUAAACAGACGAGACGUUUCGUCUUAUAGUGCUUUUGCAUUUUAUAAUUUUAUGUAAAAACGUGUAAAAAUUAUGUAAAUAAAAUAUUUUUUUUAUAAAACUA